AUGUAUAGCUUAUUAUCCGAUCUUGAAAAAGAAGAAUUCUACAAAAUUAAUGGAAGAUACGAGUUUUUAAUUCAUUAUCCAGAGUUACCAGGUGAAAACUACAAUUGGUGGCGUCAGACUCUUUCACCUACUAUACAAACAGAAGAUAUUUCCAAAUCUGAAUCGCCUGAUCAUUACGUCCUUGGAUACGAAAAUGUUAGUGUUCAUUACACUUCAGCAAGAUGGGGUGGGUUAUGUCUAACCAAUAACAAUAACAAAUCCUAUAUUAAUGGCGCAAUAAAUUUUUAUCAAUGGUUCUAUGCUAUUGGAUGUUACGGAACUUUGGAAAAAGGAAUUCCUGGUCCAUUGUUAAAUGAACGUAUUUAUUACAAUCAAGUUGCUCUUUAUGUAAAAAUUAAUAGUUUAGAUAUGCUCAAAUGUAUGUCAUACCGAGUUUACCGUUGUUUGUUCAUGAAUUCAAAUAUCUUUUUCAUGACCAUAUUAUUAUAA